GCCGCGCUCGGGAGCGGGAGGGAGAUCCGCCGCGGAGUUACGGGAAAGUUGUUCCGAGUUCCUGGAGUUUCUCACUGUGGUUCUCCGUGCUCUCCCAGCCAGUGCCCAGCUCCUCUCCUCCCUCCGGCCUUCGCUGUCCACCCGGCCCUCUUUCUGCCCCCGGCCGCCAUGGAGCAGCCGCCGGCGCCGAAGAGUAAGCUAAAAAAGCUGAGUGAAGACAGUUUGACUAAGCAGCCUGAAGAAGUUUUUGAUGUAUUAGAGAAGCUUGGAGAAGGGUCUUACGGAAGUGUGUUUAAAGCAAUACAUAAAGAAUCUGGUCAAGUUGUUGCAAUUAAACAGGUACCGGUUGAGUCAGAUCUUCAGGAAAUAAUCAAAGAAAUUUCUAUAAUGCAGCAAUGUGACAGUCCGUAUGUUGUAAAGUACUAUGGCAGUUACUUUAAGAACACAGAUCUCUGGAUCGUUAUGGAGUACUGUGGAGCUGGCUCUGUCUCAGACAUAAUUAGAUUACGAAACAAGACAUUAACAGAAGAUGAAAUUGCAACUAUUCUUAAAUCUACAUUGAAAGGACUAGAAUAUUUGCACUUUAUGAGAAAGAUCCACAGAGAUAUAAAAGCUGGAAAUAUUCUCCUCAAUACGGAAGGACAUGCAAAAUUGGCAGAUUUUGGAGUGGCUGGUCAGUUAACUGAUACUAUGGCAAAACGCAAUACUGUGAUAGGAACUCCAUUUUGGAUGGCUCCUGAAGUAAUUCAAGAAAUAGGUUAUAACUGUGUGGCUGACAUCUGGUCCCUUGGCAUUACUUCUAUAGAAAUGGCUGAAGGAAAACCUCCUUAUGCUGACAUACAUCCAAUGAGGGCUAUUUUUAUGAUUCCCACAAAUCCACCACCAACUUUCAGGAAGCCAGAACUUUGGUCUGAUGAUUUCACCGAUUUUGUUAAAAAGUGCUUAGUGAAGAAUCCCGAGCAGAGAGCUACUGCAACACAACUUCUACAGCACCCUUUUAUCAAGAAUGCGAAACCUGUAUCAAUAUUAAGAGACUUGAUCACAGAAGCUAUGGAGAUCAAAGCUAAACGACAUGAAGAACAGCAGCGAGAACUGGAAGAGGAAGAAGAAAAUUCGGAUGAAGAUGAACUGGAUUCCCACACCAUGGUGAAGACUAGCUCGGAAAGUGUGGGCACUAUGCGAGCCACCAGCACCAUGAGCGAGGGGGCUCAGACCAUGAUUGAACACAACAGCACAAUGUUAGAAUCUGACUUGGGGACCAUGGUUAUAAACAGUGAGGAUGAGGAAGAAGAAGAUGGAACUAUGAAAAGGAAUGCAACUUCACCACAAGUACAAAGACCAUCUUUCAUGGAUUACUUUGAUAAGCAGGACUUCAAGAAUAAGACUCACGAAAACUGUAAUCAGAACAUGCACGAACCCUUCCCUAUGUCCAAAAAUGUUUUUCCUGAUAACUGGAAAGUUCCUCAAGAUGGAGACUUUGACUUUUUAAAAAAUUUAAGUUUAGAAGAACUACAGAUGCGAUUAAAAGCACUGGAUCCCAUGAUGGAACGAGAAAUAGAAGAACUUCGUCAAAGAUACACUGCGAAGAGACAGCCCAUUCUGGACGCAAUGGAUGCAAAGAAAAGAAGGCAGCAAAAUUUUUGAGUCUAAUUGCUUCUGUUUUUAUACUUACUCUGAAGACCAAGAGACCACUAAGAAUUGAAGGAAUGUUAGGAUUUUUUUAAAUCCCUAUGAUCUAUGCUCUACCACUAGGCUAAGGUCCAAAACUGAUGAUGGUACACAUCCAGGUAAAUUCCCAAAAGGCAGAAUUUACCAUUGUAUCCACUGUGUUUUCAUUUUUAAAGGAUGAGAACAACAGAAAUGUAUUCUUUUCUCUCUGUGUCAGCUGCAUACAGCAAUAAGUGUGUUAUAAGCAAGGGCUGUGUUUAGAGACCUUAAAAUUCCAAAGCUAUUGUUUAAUUGUACAGCACUGGAGGGCUUUAUGUUACCAUAUUCUUUAUUCCUAUGUAGGAGCCUAUUUAUUGUUUCCCCUUAGGUAAACUUAUUUAUUUAUGCUAUUUCACUUUGUUUGUUUUUUUAAGGACAAGAUCAGGAUAGCUUUGAUGAAGGUAAAGACAUGUUAAUAGAUCAUAAUAUACAAUCAAAUUGUGCUUUAAGCAGGGAGCUGUGGAUACAUCUUUGAUUUCUGGGAUAGUUUUCCCACACAAACAAAGCAAUAAUAGCAGUAGCACCCAAAUGGGCAAGGCGUUUUUUAUAUGAAUAGCAAUAAUUCCAUUUUUAACUUUUGAGAGUUUGUUAAAUUUUUAAAUUUUUGAUGUUUGGUACAAACAGAACUAUAUAUAUUUAGGUCAAGCAGAGUUAUAAUGUUUAAAACCAAAGAAAUCAAUGGAAGCCUUGCAUUUUAAAAGUAUAAUAAAUAUUUUAAAAGAAAUGAAAUCUUAAGACAAAUGUGAUUUGUGAAUAUUGUUUCAUGUGUAUGUCUGAUAGCAAAACUAAAUCAAUCAGUAAUAACUUCCUCAAAUUAAUUUCUGUGAAAAUGUCUUUUUUGUCACAGGACUUUUUUUUUUUUUUUUUUUUUUUGUAGAUUUCAUUUAUUUCCCAAGAAUUGGUAAACAUCAUGUGUUUGAUAAUAAAGAAAUAGCAAAAACUUUUGUGCUGAACUGUACAAACCUUGGGGACUGGAAAAAAAAAAAAGGAAAGAUUAAAACCAUUAACAAGAAACUCAUUUCUAAGCAGAAUGAACAUGUGUAUGACUGAACUGGGACCAGCCAUUUCCUAAGCUACAUAUGGCCAUCUUGAUAGUGAUUGUUCUUUUGUUUGUCCAAUUACUAUGCAUAAAUCAUAAAGACAAAUAAAUUUUACAGUGCCACUUA